AGUGCCAUCCAUUUUGAAAAUAGAGUAAAAUUUUAAAAUGCCGAUGAAACGCAAAGAGCUUUCAAAACAUGCCAAAAUCGAUAUACCCAGACAAGUAAUACGCAGAAAUACAGGAAAUGCACCACCAAAUGUUUGCGUCAAAGCGAACAAUGGCUCGCAAAUGGAGGAUACGAUGCAGGAACAACUGCAUCCUAUUCAAAGGAAGACCCCGCAGCAGGCAGCUGGCAAUAAACUUGCCAUUCCUCAAUUUAAUACGAUGAUUGGCCGAAAACAUGAGAUCAUAUCAAUGCCGCAAAUGACCAUACAAGUUAAUCCAAACCUUACGCCUCGCACCAUGGCAUCGAUAGCGCCGAAGAUUACUCAGAAGAUGAACUUUCCACCAAAUACGACAGUAUUCAAGGAUUUGGCAUCAUUAAAUGUAAAUGACACUUUGCGCGAAUUGGCGCGUCCAAAAGCAGUUCGCAAAAAAACGACCAAGGAGGCCACCAAACCAAAUAUCAUGGAACCCCAAUUGUCUGAUUAUCUGGAGGAAGUCCAUCAAUUGUUUCUUGUGUUGCCGGAACCAAGUCUCGUCAUGUCGUUUCCAAUGGAAGAUUUCGAUUUCCUGGGCGCCAUUAAGCGACACGAUAUGCUUUGAAAUAGACUCCAAUGUUUUUCUUUUUUGAGUUUUGUGUUAUUUUAAUUAUAUCAAAUUAAAUCAAUAUGCUAUGUAGCAGCUAGUACAAGUA